GCUGCUGUUAAUUCAUUUUCUUUUUGGUGAUCCAUGAUAAUUACCACAGAAUUCUGAAUCCGUGUUGGAUUAUAAAGUGUGUUAAAUAUUUUGGAUAAUCAUACAUAUAAUCAGUUUGACGUUCAAUUCAUAUCUUUUGAUUGUUAUGUUGAUAGUAAUAUAUUGAGUGACUAGGAAAAAAAAAGACUUGGAAUAAUCUACCACUUGUGCUAGGAGCAGCCUUUUUUAAGUCCUAGCUGAACGUAAAAUAAUGACUUUUGUGCAAUGUCCAAAGAGUCUUGAUGUAGUGGGAAUUGUUUGGAUUUUUACAACCUCUAGCAGAUGGUGUGAAAUUGAUUGUAAAAGAACCUAUUUCACCAAGUAGUGCUUUCGCCAUCCCUGGCUCGGGCAUCUGUUUCAGGUGCAGUUGAUGUGGAAUUUAGGUAAAGGGAAAACUUAGGAAAGAAUAGCUAAGGAGAAUUCUUCGUUUGAGGAAAAAAAUGAUAAAAUAAAUCAUGAAUUUGAUGGGCAUUGAAACAAGAUAAUUUACUGAAUCGAAUUAUUAUGCUUUUGUUUCACAGUUCAACAACAUUUUUAAUCUAACCGUGGCUUACUAAUAAAAGUAUGAUUCCAAUAGUUUUUAAUAACUCCCCUGUCCUAUUUUGUUUAAACAACUUAUUUUUUUAGCCCCUUCAGAUAACAUGACCUCUCUCCUUAAAAGGAAAUUUCACCAAUUUUAAAAAGACAUGUUGAUGUGUAAUGAUAUUGUUACACACCAUUUAAUUCAAAGUAACAGUUUUAAAUCACUUUCACAUCUUUUAAUCGAUAUCUUUUUAUGAACUGGGAUGUUAAUGUAAGAAAUCUAUACUACACAAAGAUCCUUCUGUACUUGUCCUUUUUUUUUCAAUUGAACGUGUUAGCUUUGUUAAGAGGUCCUGUGAACGCUUUUACUGGGGACUAGUGGUGAUGUCUGUAAAAGUCCGCGAUCGGAAAUACUAAUUUUGGUGUUGUGAUGGAAAAUGAUAGUUACCAAAAAAUAAAGAGGAAGUAGAAGAGAAUAGUAGGUGAUUUUUAAUGAAAGCAGAGUGCUGAUCAUUGUUCAUCAUGAACACCUUUUGACAGAGAUUGUUUGGAUCGAAUAUAUUGUCUGUUAAUUGAUUUAGUUUAAGUUUAGUCACAUAUCUUGCGCCAUGUUUUGUUGAAAUAUUAUUUCAUGGUGUUAUAGAGAUUUCUACCGGGAUGUUGAACUUUCGUAUCGGUGAAUCUAACAAAAUCAGCAACGGGUUCUGCUGGAUACAAAGGAUUAGGAUAUCCAUAUUUGCCAGCCAAAUUGGUUGAUGCAAUGUUUUUUAAGUUAAGAUUUUCAGUGGUGACGGAUCUUGCUGAGGAUUUUUGUUUUCCACUUUCUGUCGCCUUGUUCCGGUGAUCUUUCUGAUGACUCGUUCAAUGAGUUGGAAUGCCUCUUAGCAGUCCCCUAAAACUGGUACUAAUGGAUCUAUAGCCCUCAGAUUUGCACGGGUUGGAAAGAUUUAUUUUAGAAAAGCAAGUCUUUCAGGUACCGGUGGCUUGAAAGAUUUGCAGUCGGUUCCUUUCUCACUGGUGGCCUUUUCCAAGUACAAAAAGAGACCAGUACUGGCGGAGGAGGUGUUUUGGUUGACGUGGCGCAAAAGGUAGAAGGGAGAAGAAAAUGAAGUGAAAAAAGAAGAGAAAAAGUAAAAGUAAAGGGCAGCCCGGUGCACUAAAGCUCCCUCUAUAUGCGGGGUUCUAGGAAGGGCCGAACUACAAAAGAAAAAGUAGAAGUAAAAUAAAAUAUAAAAGGAGUGAAAUUCUCUAAGCUAAAAGCCUGUAGCUGAGAUGUCUAAGCUGAAUCUGCACAGGAAUGACAUGAUAGAUGAAGGUAUUAUGCAUAAAACUGAAAUAAGAUGAUUGAGGUAGAGGAGUACCUCUCGAGUGCUAUAACAAUGAAGAUAUCUAACAAAGUGAAAGGAAAGUUUUAUGAUAAAGUUGUGAGACCAACAAUGUUAUAGGGGCCGAAUGGGCAUAUCUGAGGAUGAUAUGACGGAUGAAAUUUCCUCCAGAAAAUUAAAGCAGAAACAGGACCCUGACACUGUCAUCAACGGAUCAGAGUCGAAAGAGAAAGGAACAUGUGAAUCAAUGUCAGCUGAAGUUGUUUCUAAUGAACUACAUAAAAGACCGAACCCUGAUGCUUUGGCAAAGGUAUCACAAAGUAAUCGAGAUGAAAGUGCACAUCCUACGACAUGUCAAGGAGUAUUGAAUGAAGGCCAGCCAAGGAGGAAUGUCGAUAAAGAGAUCGAUGUGUCACAAUCCAAUCAAAAAGAUAGUUCCCUUUCUAAUGUACCAGAGGAAAAUUCAGAAAACGUGCAUCAGGAAAAGGGUCCAGAGAGUGAGGGUGGUGCAUCAGAAUCUAGUCGAGUUUCUGUCCUACCAAAGGAGGAACCAUACAUAAAAUCUUGUAAAUCAGAUUCUCCUGUAAAAGAGGGGAACAUCUCCCUGGUAGUUGGAACGGCUUCAGAUUGUUCACCACAAAUACAAAGUAAAAAAAUGGAAGAAGUUGUAUCUCAAUCUCAUCAAGAACGAGUAACUUAUUCAACAAUGGCUGAGAAUGCUAUGUAUAAAUUGCGACCAAGGCGGAACCCUGAUACGAGUGUCCAGGAUUUGCCAUCUGAUGAAGGAGUCAGGGAUUUGCCAUCUGAUCAAGGAGUCACUCCCUUCAGUGAACCUGAAAAACCAUUUGAAGAUGGAUAUAACUGGAGAAAAUAUGGUCAGAAACUUGUUAGAGGAAAUAUGUUUACUCGGAGUUAUUACAAGUGCACACACUCCAAUUGUCUAGCAAAAAAGCAAGUGGAGAGAUCACAUGAUGGGCAUAUUACCAAUAUUCAGUAUAUAACAAACCAUGAACAUCCAAAACCUCUAAAUAGUCCCCAAAUCUCCCCUGAGGUUGUAGUGCCUUCGGAAAUGAGACGACCAGACAUGCUAAUGGGCACACCACAAGCUGAAGGUGAGAAAUCUACUGCACUUGGUCAAGCAUGUGAAUCUAUCGAACCAUUGGAGAGCCUCAUUUCAGCGGCUGUUGAAUCGGCUGGUGGUAGCGCACGAGAUACUGUCCCAAAGUCACUUAAAUCAGGAGAUGAGGGUGAUAGUAAUGGUGGUCGGAACUCAAAGAGACGGAAGAAAGAAGUACCUAGGAGCGAUGACAUGACUCCACCUAUGAAGUCUCAUAGUGAACCACGACACAUCGUUCAAACUAGGAGUGAAGUGGAUAUACUCAAUGAUGGUUACCGAUGGCGUAAAUAUGGGCAAAAAUUUGUGAAAGGAAAUCCAAAUCCUAGGAGUUACUACCGAUGCUCGAGUGCUGGUUGCCCUGCAAAGAAGCAUGUGGAGAGGGCAUCCCAUGAUCCAAAAUUAGUGAUUACAACAUAUGAAGGGCAGCAUGAGCAUGACAUCCCACUUUCCAGGACUGUUGCGCAAAAUUCGGAUUCUAAUACAACCAGAAUAAGUGGAGAGUCCACAGCUGAAUCAGGUGGAAACAAACAUGUUGACAAUUGACAGGGUUUUCCAUAUUGGUGUAAAUUGAGCAUAAUGCCAAACAAACAAACAAACUUAUCCAGAUUUAGAUGAUCAUACAUGAUACAUCACAUAAGUCAUCUAAUUUUAUAUAUUCAGGAGAGAAGAAAGGAUAAAAACAUGUAUUAGGAACUUCUGAUUUAACCUCAUAAUUGGUGUGAAUUCCUGAAUUUACUGUAUAAGUUGUGUUGUCAAUAAACAUAAGAGUGUUCAGAUUUGAUCAUUUGUAUCUAAUUUGUUGUCAGUUGAUCAGACUAAUUUAUCUC